CGCAGAAUGAUCUCUGUGAACGCACUCCUUGUUUAUUGUCAGUAGUAGACGCCUUCGAGUGGAAACUAUGUUGUUGAUGUAGGAGUCUGAGUUGAGUGGAAACGAUGUUAGGAAACCACACCCACCUUUGCAUUUUUAUUUAGACGUUCCUGGCUCUGUGCUGACACAUAAAGCAGCUUGUAUACGGUUUUUAAAAAGGAAAAAAAAGACCCACAUUCCUGCGAAUGCUUGUUCUUGUGUGGUAUAUACAGUAUAUCUAAGCAAUGAGUUAUCCAGGCUACCCCCCUCAGGCCGGCGGCUACCCCCCUCAGGCCGGCGGCUACCCCCCUCAGGCCGGCGGCUACCCCCCUCAGGCCGGCGGCUACCCCCCUCAGGCAGGAGGCUACCCACCUGCUGCAGGCGGCUACCCGCCCCAGUCUGGAGGCUACCCUCCCCAGGGUGGCGGAUACCCUCCCCAGGGUGGCGGAUACCCUCCUCAAUCAGGUGGAUUUCCACCAAUGCCAGGUGGUAAUUCCCCAUGGGGUGGUGCCGCUGCUGGGCUGGAUAACUUAUCAAAUCCUGGAUUCAAUUCAUCACAACUCUCAGCAAUGACUAAUCAAAUCACGUCAUCUUUUGGAGGAAUGAAUCCCAGUCCAGGAAUGUACAGUCAAGCACCUACUGGAUACCCUGCUGCCCAGCCAGGGGGCUAUGGGGCACCUCCUCCCAGUCAGCAGCCCUAUGGUACAUAUCCACAACCAGGAGGGAACAUGCCCCAGGGAAUGGGAUUUCCAGGAGGUGCCGCCCCAGGGCAACCCAUGCCAGGCUACCCAGGAGCCCCUCCAGCCAAUCCGUCCAUGCCAUCUUACCCAGGAAGCACCCCGGCUGGCUUGGCUCCAGCACCUGUACCCUUACAGCCAGGGAACCGAGGUAGUAUUCGGGACUUUCCAGGUGCUGACCCCCUGAAGGAUGUAGAGGUGCUUAGAAAGGCCAUGAAGGGAUUUGGCACUGAUGAGCAAGCCAUCAUUGAACUUCUUGGAAAUCGCUCAAACAAGCAACGGGUACCUAUGGUCGUAACCUACAAAACAGCUUAUGGGAAGGAUUUAAUAAAAGACCUGAAAUCAGAGCUUUCUGGGAACUUUGAAAAGGCUGUCCUGGCCAUGUUGAAGACCCCGAUUAUGUUGGAUGUUUAUGAGCUCAAGGACGCUAUAAAGGGUGCCGGUACAGAUGAAGAAUGCUUGAUUGAGAUCCUGUCGUCUCGCUCAAAUGCAGAAAUCCAAGAAAUCAAUAAGGCAUACAAAACAGAAUUUAAAAAAUCUCUGGAGGAUGCCAUUAAAAGUGACACAUCAGGACACUUUGAGAGACUGCUUGUCUCGCUGUGCCAGGGUAACCGCGAUGAAAGUCAGAAUGUGGAUAUCACUUUGGCCAAACAGGAUGCUCAGGCACUGUAUGCUGCUGGAGAGAACAAGGUGGGGACAGAUGAAUCUAAGUUUAAUGCUAUCCUUUGCACAAGAAGCAAAGCCCAUCUAAGAGCAGUUUUUCAUGAGUAUCAGCAAAUGUGUGGCCGAGACAUUGAAAAGAGCAUUUGCCGUGAGAUGUCUGGAAACCUUGAAAGAGGGAUGGUGGCAAUAGUGAAGUGUAUUAAAAACACUCCUGCUUUUUUUGCUGAAAGACUCAACAAAUCCAUGAAGGGAAUGGGAACAGAUGAUAAAACUCUGAUCCGAAUUAUGGUGUCCCGCUCUGAGGUUGACAUGCUUGAUAUCCGACAAGAGUACAAAAGGAUGUACGGCAAAUCCUUGUACACAGACAUCUCAGGUGAUACCUCUGGGGAUUAUAAGAAGAUCCUGCUGAAGCUGUGUGGUGGAAAUGAUUAAGAGAUUCAUGAAUAUAAUUAAUUUCUUCAGCUCGACCUGUUGCAAAGAGUUUUGUUUCUUUGUGUACCUGUUGUUACAGUAGUAUAUUUUUUUUAUGACCCAUUUCCAAUGUCUCUCUCUCUCUCUCUCUCUCUCAAGUGCACUUUCAUAUGUCCCUGCAGAAUCUCCAAGGAGACAGACACAUUAAAAUAGGU